AUGUCCCCCCUCCCCUCAUUCUUCUCAACAAUCUACACCUACACCCUCGGCCUCCUCCUCGCCGCUUUCAGAGACGGCGCAUACUCGUUCUUUGGUUUCCUCAAUAUGGUGAGGUGGAGUAGUGAUAUCGUCAAGGUGGUACCGGGUAAGCCUGGGUUGGUGGAUUUCGCGAGGAAAAAUAAUGUGCUUGGAGGGGAGCGCGGGGCGAAGGGGGUGACGGUGAAUGAAUGGGUAGAAGAAAAUGUACCCAGCUUGAAGGGGACGUUUACCCCCGCUGCUUGGUUGCCAAAUGGACAUUUGCAGACACUUUUUACUGCUGCAGGGGAUUUUACAAAAGUGGACAAGGUGCAUUAUGUGCGAACCCAUCUCCGACUGCCUGAUGGAGGUACACUAGGGAUCGAUGUGACGCCGAAAGAUCAUCACCUCAAGCUCGCGCCGGACGCUCCCACGGUUGUGGUGUGUCAUGGUCUUACCGGAGGGAGUCAUGAGAGCUAUGUGCGGAAUAUACUUGCGUGGGUCAUCAAGCCCAAGAGCGAGGGUGGUCUCGGCGGACGGGGUGUUGUCGUAAAUUUUCGCGGCUGCGCCGGUGUACCCGUCACUUCAGACCAGCUCUACUCUGCCGGUACGACCAUGGACCUCGCUCUCGCCCUGCACCACAUCUCCGCCCGCCACCCCUCCUCCAAACUCCUCGGUAUCGGCUUUUCCCUCGGCGCAUCCAUCUUGGCCCGCUACCUGGGCGAAUACGGCCAAGACGCGCUGGUGAAGAGCGCUGUCGUCCUGGGCUGUCCAUGGGAUCUGGGGGCCAUGUCGCACAAACUCGAAAACGACUGGUUCACCGCCAGGGUCUACUCGUCCACCCUGGGGAAGAACGUCCUCCGCCUGUUCUUUCGCGCAUACGACAGGAACCCGGCGAUAUUCGACGACGCAGACAGCCCCUUGGCGGGGCAUAUGGGUGAGCUGAAGAAGCUAAGGAAGGAGGCUGGGUCGCGCACGAGAUUGAGGGCGGUGGAUGACGUGUUGACGUGCAAGAUUGGGGGACCGCGGGGGAUCGGGGCGUGGCCGUUUGAGAGUGCUGCAGAGUAUUAUGCUUGGGCGAGCCCGAGUAAUGUGUUGAGUGGUGUCAAGGUUCCACUGCUCGCGAUCAACGCGUUUGACGACCCAGUGGUGGACGGCCUCGCGCUGCCUCUGACAGGGAUACAAGCCUCCACCCACAUCUACACCGCCAUCACCCGCGCCGGCGGCCAUCUCGGCUGGUUCGACGGCCCCCUCUUCGGCUCCCCCGCCAAGACAAAGCAUAGGUGGAUCUUGCAGCCCGUAUCAGAGUGGCUCGAGGCGUGUGCGAGGGAUUUGAGAGCACCGGGGGAAGAUGCGAGGGCGGCGGUGGGGGUGGGGGUGGAGGUGGAAGAGGUGGAUGGGUGGGAGUGGGUCAAGGAGGCGAGGUACACGAUCCCUGGGGUGGAGAGGGUGGGGUGGAAGGUGCUAAGAGAGGGCGAGGUGGUGGCUGGAGAAGAGGACGAGGGCGAGGGUGGGCUGGUGCAGGGGCUAUAG